CACACUCCCGGACUCUUCACAUUCCGGCUCGAGGAGCGCAUGGAUCGGUCUGUACGCGCCUUGGCUGUUGGCGUCCUGGAUGCUGCACAGACUGGUACAGGAGGCUGGAACCGGGGCAUUCCAGGUUUAGAAUACGACCAUAAUAGUGAUAUCUUAGUGUGACAGCUUGACCUGGGCAGAUAGAGGUGCACCGGAGGAGCUGUAGAAUCGCCAAGCGAGGGUACCGGUGUGUAGAAGGAGCGGUGGAGAUGGAGCGGUGGAAAGGCAGAGUGGCCCUGGUGACGGGAGCCUCGGUGGGAAUUGGAGCAGCUGUAGCCCGGGCACUGGUCCAGCAAGGAAUGAGGGUUGUUGGCUGUGCCAGGAAUGUCGACAAAAUUGAGAAGCUGGCAGCCGAAUGCCAGAGUGCAGGCUACAGUGGUACACUGAUCCCUUACAAGUGUGAUUUGUCCAAUGAGGAGGAGAUCCUAUCCAUGUUCUCUGCAAUCAAGACACUGCACAAGGGCGUGGAUGUGUGCAUCAACAACGCUGGACUGGCUCACAACGAACCCUUGCUCAGCGGAAAGACUGAGGGCUGGAGGAACAUGAUUGACGUGAAUGUGUUAGCCUUGUCUAUCUGCACCCGUGAGGCCUACAAAUCAAUGAAGGAAAGGAACGUGGACGACGGCCACAUCAUCAAUAUUAAUAGUAUGGGUGGGCACCGAGUAGUGCCAAGUGCUGAUGAGCAUUUCUACUGUGCCACUAAAUAUGCUGUGACUGCACUGACUGAGGGGAUACGGCAAGAGCUUCGGGAAGCAAACACUCACAUCAGAGCCACAUGUAUAUCACCUGGAAUAGUAGAGACUGAGUUUGCCUUCCGGCACCACAACAGCGAUCCAGAGAAAGCAGCUGCAGUGUAUGAGAGCAUGAAAUGUUUGAAAGCAGAGGACGUUGCCAGUGCAGUGACAUUUGUCCUCAGUUCUCCUCCUCAUGUGCAGAUUGGAGAUGUGCAGAUGAGGCCGGUGGAACAGGUAUCAUAGCACUGACUGGAAACUGCAGGAAGAGAACAGCUAUGGUUACUCCGUUGCGACCUCUGCUGGGCAUGUGGGUUGGGAGGGGGGGUUAAAAUAAAUCUACUGUUGUGUUGGAUCUGCAGAGGCGUGACCAAGGAGAACUGGAGCCUUAAAGAGGCUGUGCAAGAAAAAAGACAGACGAGGACUCUUGAAACCACUACAAAAAUACUACUGAAUGCAGCAAUCUUAUGAAUUGUUGGGCUCCAUCCUUACGCGAGUCUGGCUCUUAACUGCAGUAGGAACAAAUAAAGAGCAUUGCUGCUGUGCUGUGUGGUCAUCUGCAUGGCUUUCACUUAAGAGGGAAGAGUGUGUCAAUGAUUGCACAUUUUGUUUUUUGUUUUUCUAGGUUACACAACAUAUCUUUAUAAAAAUUUAAUUAAAAGAAUAAUUGCUGUUUAUAAGGAUGACAACUUUUUUAUUUUUAAUAAAUAUUUUAACUUUAAAUUGCAGAUAGCUAUGGUCUCAUAUGAACUAAUCCUAGAUGAUACUAUGUCAUACUCACUGUAUGUAACAGUCUGUCCAUCCUACUUCAUAUUUCACUGUAUGAUUUUACAAACGUACAGUUCACCCAUAUUUGGAUGGGUAAACCCUUCUUGAGGGGUCAGGGAAAGCUUUUAGAGCCCUUGUGUGUUAAACAUGAGGGUUUCUACAGUCCACCUUUUUUUUUGCCUGUGUAAUAUCAGCGGUUCUGCACUUUGGAUUAAUUUGUGAGGAGUUACCAGAAGAAAACACUUGUGUAAGGAAGGGAGGAAACUAACACACUGCACAUGUAUACCCUCAAACAUGUACCUUUCUGUUGGAAUUUUCUCAUUUAAUGAAAAAAAUAAAUGUUUCCCAGACGUUA